AUGAAGAGCAGCAAGAGCUCAGGCGAUGACCGGUACAAAAGCAACAGCUUCAGCGACUACUGGAUGCUGGCCAACAGCUCCGACGACUCCAGGGCCAUGCUUCGAACACAGCUGCGUGCCAAAGGCUAUGAAAACAAGACCCUGCAGCGCGAACAACUCGCAGAGCUAUUCCGAAUCAGCCAGCACCGCUUCAUCGAAAGCUCCCUAAUCGCCAUGAACCCACCGCGAAACAAACCGACCAAGAAGAUGUUUGUCGAGGCGCUGAUCGAGGCGGACAAGAGGCGUACGUACCCCAAGCUCUUGGACUUUCCCGCCGAGCUACGACAAGCCAUAUGCGAGUUCUACAUCAGCGACUUCGCCAAUCCCAAAGACGGCCUCUACUGCCCCAGCCAGCCUCCGCUCGUGCGUACCUGCCGCACCCUCCGUAGAGACGUCCUACCGAUCUUCUACCGCAAGGUUAAGUUCCAGGUGGACUACAUAUACACCGCGUCGUUCAGUCUCAAGCGCGACAAGCCGACACUUCCAGGAUCAUUCCCCAUGAGUAGUGUGUCGACGGCGUUUUUCUCGCGGAUGCCACCGAACCACUUCGUGAACCUGCGCGUCCUACGGAUCACGUUUCCGCAGGAGUACGCGGUGGGAGACGCCUACUGGCGAUGGAGAGUCAGCAAUCUCGCCGUGGAUAUUGACGAACGCAGCUCUCCAGCGCUGGGCCGGUUGCUGAGUGUCCACCCUCGAACGCCACACUGGAAUCACGGGAAAGACCCCAGAUCGCGACUGGAAGAGAAGUUUCGUACGUCUGGCUUCUUUCGACAAGAUGAGCUGGGCGAGAUUGAGCGUGCUAUGGAUGAGGCUGUGGAGGAGUGGCAUUGGAAGGCGCUCGAGGAGACCCUGCGGGCUCGUGGCAAUUUUGAGUGA